UUGGCCUCCCUUUGGGCUGCGUCCGCCCUCACGCGAACCCCCCUCGAUCAGCAGGUGGUCUUAGGGUGAAUGAGGCGCUCUGAAUUGUGGUUGGCUCGGAACUUCUCGUCAAUUUCGUGCCCAUCGUGAUGUCCACUGCUGCUCCUCCCACUGCGUCACCCUCCGUCGUCCGCAGCCAGUCCACCUCCUCCCGGCCUUCCUCCUAUCGUCCUCCUUCAUCUGAUCUUCCUCACCGAACCCGAAGUGUCGCGGUCCGUCCCGCGACUGCCUCUCAGCCCUCUCCGCAACAUCACCAUCACCAUCACCACCACUCGCAGAAUCGGUACUCGCACUCUUACUCCAAAUCCCAGUCCUAUGACCGCCGCCCUCCGUCGAAUCAAGCCGUGUUCGACAACAUAGCCCGUCGCGAUUACGAAGCCUCUCGCGGUGCCCAGCCCGUUCCCUCCCGUCGGGAUUCCUCCAGGGAGCGUUCCCAGGAGCGCCCCUCCACCUCCUAUCGCACCGAACAACCCUCAAACAAACACCACCGCAAUUUGUCGGUACAAGGUCAUCAACGGGACAGCAUAGACAUGGCUACCGCCGGGCCCGUCAUAGCGGAGGGCGUUGCAGGACAUUCGCAGGCCGCCGCCCCCCAUCUGCAUCCGGCUAACUCGGUGCAAGCGAAACGUCGCACGAUGAUCACAACCCCGUCGGGUCAGUGGGCUUUGGGUAAAACGCUGGGAGCUGGUAGUAUGGGCAAGGUAAAAGUGGGGAAGAACAUGGAGACUGGAGAACAGGUGGCCGUUAAAAUUGUCCCCCGGCAGUCCACCGAGGAACAUCGAAGCUCGCGCGAAGCCGAGAGAGCUGAUCGCUCCAAAGAGAUCCGAACUGCCCGCGAAGCAGCCAUUGUUAGUCUCGUAAACCAUCCGUACAUCUGUGGGAUGCGAGACGUGGUGCGGACCAAUUACCAUUGGUAUAUGUUGUUCGAGCUUGUAAAUGGGGGCCAGAUGUUGGACUAUAUCAUCUCUCAUGGGAAGUUGAAAGAGAAGCAGGCCCGAAAAUUUGCCCGCCAGAUCGCCAGUGCGUUAGACUAUUGCCACCGCAAUAGCAUCGUUCACCGCGACCUGAAGAUCGAAAAUAUUCUGAUCAGCAAGACCGGAGACAUUAAAAUUAUUGACUUUGGCCUCAGCAACCUUUUCUCCCCGAGGAGCCUUCUGAAGACAUUUUGUGGCAGUCUCUACUUCGCGGCUCCGGAACUGCUCCAGGCUCGGCAAUAUACUGGACCGGAAGUAGAUGUCUGGAGUUUUGGAAUUGUUCUGUAUGUCCUGGUCUGCGGUAAAGUGCCAUUUGACGACCAAAGCAUGCCCAAGCUUCACGCGAAGAUCAAGCAGGGUGUCUUUGAGUACCCACCAGGACUCACAACAGAGUGUCGCCAUAUCAUUUCUCGCAUGUUGGUGACCGACCCCAAGCAACGUGCUAGUUUAUCUGAGAUUAUGAACCAUCCAUGGAUGAACAAAGGCUUCAAUGGGUCACCGGACAACUACCUCCCAUACCGUGAACCAAUACAACUUCCCCUGGACCCGGAGGUCAUUGAGAAAAUGACUGGAUUCGAUUUCGGACCGCCGGAUUACAUCUCGGCCCAACUUACCAAAAUCGUCGAGUCGGAGGAUUAUCAGCAUGCUGUUAAGGCCAUGGCCCGCGAACAACUUCCUCCCAGUCACACUGAGAAAAAGCGCGGAGUGUUCGACUUCUACAAGCGACGAAAUUCGGCCAGCAGGGACACGCUGUCCACUCCCUCCGCAGAGGCUGUUCAAUUAGGCAAUGACCCUGUGAACGCCUACAGUCCCCUCCUGUCCGUCUACUAUCUCGUGAAAGAGAAACUUGAUAGGGAGAGGGUUGAGACGAACCCCGGUGCACUUGGUGUUCCACACGCCACCGGAGACUCGAUGCUCCAGAUGCCUGAUCUUCCCGCGCCAGAAGCGGCUCACACGAACCAAUACCACGUGCCCGGCGAGAAGGAUACUGGGAGAAGAUCUCGUCCUAGGGCAAGGACCCAUGGCGACGACGAUAUUGCAGAUGGGAUCAAAAACCUUCACCUGGGCCCGCAAACGGGGCACUCACCUGCGCCUCCUGCAUCGCAACCUGAGACUCCGGUGAAGAAGGAGAGCACUGCGGCAGGUAUUCUAAGGCGAUUCAGCACACGAAGAACCAAGGAGCGUAGCCGCGAUCCGGAACGUGGCAGAAUUGGAAGCCCCCACACGCCGUCCUUGAAUGUCCAACCACCAGCCGACUCGGCAUCCCCUCUAUCCAGGGGCUUCAGUGUCAAGAGAACCAGACGUGCGGACCCGUCGCCGACGGCCGUCCAUUCUGGGAGUAGCCAACCACAACACCAGGAUCUUCUCAAGGCUCCAGGAUCGACCGAGCCGGCCUCGCGGUCCAAUAAGUUCUUGGAGAGAUCGGCAAGUGUGAACUCGGCUGACUACCGGGCUCGCCGCGCUCGCAGGCAGGAAGCGGAAGCAGCGGCCCAACCACCUCCGACUAGCGGUUCGGACUAUGCGAAUGUGCAGAAAGAUUCCACGCCCGGGAAAGAGGCUAAAUUGACUCGCACGCAGACACACACAGCUCGGACAAUGUCGCUCGGCCACGCUCGUCGUGAGAGUAUCCAGGCCCGGAGGGCUAGACGGGACGCCACUCGGGAGGCUAACGUUCCCGAAGAGACCGAUGCGGACAUAACGGGCGCAGGAACGGCACUGGAAAGUGCCAACGAAGGAGAGGACCUUUCCAAGCCCGUAUAUCUCAAAGGUCUCUUCAGUGUUUCAACAACAAGUAGCAAGCCUCUGCCCGUUAUUCGAGCAGAUAUCAUCCGAGUUCUGAAGCAGCUUUCUGUGGAUUAUGUCGAGAUCAAGGGGGGAUUCAGUUGCCGUCAUGCACCGAGUAUCGAUUUGGACAAAGUCGUGGAUGUCGGGCCCCCGAGCCCAGACCGCCAAGGACACAUGUCCGGCCACCGCCGCCGUAUCAGCUUCGGAGGGUUCUUGAACCACGAGGAUCGAGAUGAUUCACGGCAUCACACCCCGCGGCCCCAACGUCGAACUCGGGCAGCACCGGAUCAGAGUUUUGUGACCAACUCCGAAGGCUCUGAUGAGGAUGAUGGCUCUCGGGACCACCGUGAUAAUUUGAUGGUGGGCGAGCGUGUCAUGGGAGAGACCACGACCCGUGUGCAGAGUGAUACCGGCGAGAACCUGGUCCUCCGGUUUGAGAUUUUGAUUGUCAAGGUGCCGCUGUUUUCGCUGCAUGGUAUUCAAUUCAAGAAGGUUGCAGGUGGCAUGUGGCAAUACCGCGAAAUGGCCAAGAAAAUUCUGGACGCCUUAAGACUCUAAGGUUCUUUUGGAGGAUGGGGGCGCCUGUGUGCGGGUUUGGUUUCAUUUACUCGGGCCGGUCGGUUCGAACCAUGAGCAUUUGCAUGAGCA